AUGGCCGUUAAUUUAAAAAGUGUUCUCGUUAGCGAUGCUGUUGAUCCACUUUGUGUGGAUUUAUUAAAAAGUCACGGAGUCGAAGUCGUUUGCAAAUUUAAAUUACCCAAGGAUGAACUCAUAAGAGAAUUACAAGAACACGAUGGAUUGAUUGUUAGAUCGGAUACCAAAGUAACCAAGGAUGUCAUCAACAGCGUUUCUAAUUUAAAAGUCAUUGGAAGAGCCGGUACUGGUGUCGAUAAUAUCGAUUUAGAAGCUGCCACUAAAAAAGGAAUAACCGUUUUAAACACUCCAGGGGGGAAUUCUAUCAGUGCUUGCGAAAUGACUUGUGCAUUGAUAACGAAUCUGGCAAGAAACGUCGUUCAAGCGUGUCAAUCAUUAAAAGAAGGAAGGUGGGAUAGAAAAUUGUACACCGGAAAUGAAUUGUACGGUAAGACGUUGGCCGUGUUAGGGCUGGGAAGAAUAGGAAGAGAAGUUGCUCGACGUAUGGCUUCUUUCGGGAUGAGAACUGUUGGAUUCGAUCCGAUGGUGUCUAAAGAAGAUGCUAAAGCGUUCGGAGUUGAAAAAAUGGAAUUGGAUGAAAUAUGGCCGGUCGCGGAUUUCAUAACCGUACACACGCCAUUAAUACCUCAAACGAGAAACUUAGUAAACGAUAAAACAUUAGGAAAAUGUAAAAAAGGUGUUUGCAUAAUUAACGUGGCACGUGGAGGAAUCAUCGAUGAGGAAGCGUUGUUGAGAGCAUUGAAAGAUGGUAAAUGCGGAGGAGCAGCUUUGGACGUAUUCGAAGAAGAACCACCGAAAAACGACGUGACUUUACAACUUAUAAAACAUCCAUUGGUCGUCACGACGCCACAUUUGGGUGCGAGCACGUACGAGGCACAACAAAGAGUCGCCGUGGAAAUAGCCGAACAAUUUAUCGCUCUCUCCGGAAAGAACAAACCCAAUGAAAAUUUCGUCGUGAACGGAGCCGUUAACGCUCCCGUACUUUCAGCUGCCAUGAUCGAUACAAAUACUCCCUGGAUAAAUUUAGCAGAAAAACUCGGACGAUUGCUCGGGUCUUUUUCAAACAAGUCACUCAAGGGUCUGUCGUUCAAUUAA